GAGGACUAUACCAACUUUAUUUUACCCGAUUUUUUAUCGGACGAAAUUCAAUCAAAUGUUUAUGUUAACAAGAGAGGAUUAUCCGAUAUAAAUCUGGCGAGCACAGUGACAACUAUUGAAUACAACGCGUUAUCAGGAUGUGACUUAAAACGACUUGAUUUGUCGCAUGUGAUAUCUUUUGGAACUCAACAUUUCAUGACUUGUCUCACUGCAAUAACAUUGAAUAGUAAUGUUAGAAUUAACAAUUUAUACGAAUACACCGGACUGAAGAAAAUCGAUGCCAUUAGCACUAAAGUAAUGAACGUGAAGGCUGCAUGUUGGAUGAAAGAAAUGUUAGAUGCGAAGAAUAUUGAAAUUAAUGAGUUUUGUUACACUCAACAAGACGUCGAUGUGUUCAAAGGAAUAAUUCCUUCAAAUAUUAAAAACCUUCGAACAAUUAUAUCAGACGCAAACUUUGAAAAUUACAAAUACAAAGAAAUGACAAUUCCAGAGGGAAUUACCGAAAUGUCGAUAAAUGCGUUCAAAAAGAAUGAAAAAUUAAGAAAACUUGUGUUUCCAGCAAGUUACACACAUAUUGUCGAUACUUUUAAACAUGCAACAAUUGAAGAACUUUGUAUUGUUCCAAAUACAAGUCUUAAAAUAAAACGAUGUGAAAAACUUACUUCAGUCACUUUUAUAGAUCAAAACAUAACAAACAAUUGUGUGCUGUACAAAUGUUUCAACAUAAAAAACAUCGAAUUUACAAAUAUUCCUUUAAAUUUUGUUUUUGAAGGAAGUGUUGAUUAUUACAUAUUCAAAGUAAUUAAAAAUAAAUACACGUUUAAAGGAGAUGUCGUGCUUUAUUGUAUCGAUAUGAAUUCAAUUGAUUGUAAUGGCGUUUUAAAAAUACCAGACGAAGUCACUGUAAUUGAUCAAAUCGCAUUUAAAUUAUUAAAUUUGAAGGAGGUUUUAAUGGGAGCGAAUGUAAAGUUAAUAAAGUCGUAUGCCUUUUCGUGUUGUCUACACUUAAAAUGCGUAAAAAACAUGAAUCAAUCAACUGUGGUUCAAAGAUAUGCUUUCUACAAAGUUAAUGACACUUUUAAUAUUGAAUAUAUCAAUUAA